CAUGUGCCACUUUCAGGUCUCCUCACACACUGCUGGUGUGUUCCAUUUUUUGUCAUAGGGUGCUGGCAGAUUACGGGCCUCCCAUAGCUGCUGCCAGGCCCCUAAUCUGCCAUGGGCCCCUAUACCGCCUCCUCAUGCUGCUGCCAGGUCCACAGAGUCUCUCGGGCCUCCCAUAGCUGCUGCCAGGCCCCUAAUCUGCCAUGGGCCCCUGUACCGCCUCCUCAUGCUGCUGCCAGGUCCACAGUCUCUCAUGGGUCCCUGUACGGCCUCCCAUUGCUGCUGUCUCCAUCGCCACACUCUGCCAUGUGCCACUUUCAGGUCUCCUCA